UUCUACUAGUUAUUUGUUUGAGUGUAAUCGCAUUCCAUUUAACAAAUAAAAAAAAUAAAAAUUUUGAAAACUAAUUUUAUAAAUAAAUGAAAAUUUGAAUAUUAAAAACCACACAAAAAACAACAAACUUCUAAAAUGCAAAAUCCACAAAAAAGUUCAAGUGCCACCACAAGCGAAGCCCGAUUAUGGCCCAGCGAACGUAUACCACAGGGAGGCCUCUUUCAUACACCGAAAAUAGAGUACAGCAAAGAGACGGCGGAUUUAUUGAAAUUACUUAUGAAAGAAUCAAAAAUGACCAUGUUAAUGCGCAAACAAAUCGAUUAUCAUUUGCGUAACGGACAACCAUUGCCCAAACCGGAACCACCACGUUUAAAUAUCUGCCGAGAUCCCGAUAAAGAAGCUAUGGAAAUUCUACAAAGGGCUCAUAAUGCUAAACGUAAAUCUUUAUCGGAAAUACGAGCAAGUGGUGCUUACGAUAUGCCGGUAUAUAGACCUAAACCUGAUGACAAACUACCUUCGGAAAAAGCGAAAAAAUUGCUACAAGAUGCAAUGUCUGGAUUACGUUUAUCGGAGACAACAUUAAAACCUAAAAGAAGAGAGAAAUACAAAAAAGAAAUUAAGACCACAACGGAGGAUAUAAUCGAUGAAUUGCUGCAGCAAAUUAAUGAACGUGCCGAAUGGUUGGCCGAAAUGGAAGAACUGGGCGAGGGCAAACGUUAUCGAGAUGAAAUUCGUGAACAGAUCGCUGAACGUUUGAGACAAAUUAAGUCGUUGGAAACAAAAAGAAAAUUACAAAAACAAGGAUAUCGUUAUGUGGAUUAGAGUGAGAGUGUAACAAAAAAACAAUAAUUGGUAAUAAAUUUCAAUAUUUUUCUUAUUUUAAA